GGACCCCUGGGAGCAGUAGAAGAUGAAGCCCAACCCUGCAGGCUCCUCCCCAGAGGCUUGCAAAGCCCCUGACCAGGGCGAUAAGAGCUGCCCCGUCUGCCAGGCCUGGGGUGGGGUCUCAGGCCCAGGGUUUGACUUAGGGUCCGCAGCAGGACCCAGGGUAGGGACUGGUACAGCGCCGGGUCCUGAAUUGGGGCCUGGCGCUGUUUCAGGGCCUAGGCCAGGGCCGAGUAUAGGGCCAGCAUCUGGGCCCAGGCCUAGUGCAGUCAAAGGGUCUGGGCUGGGAUCUGCUGUAGUUCCUGGACCUCGGUCAGGGCCUGGGGCAAUUUCAGGGCCUGGACCUGGUACUGUCCCAGCAUCUGGCCUGGAGCCUGAUAAAGUCCCAGGGUCUGGGUCUGGGUCGGUUCCAAAUACUAUUGUGGGGUCUGGGGCUGGUGGUACCCCAGGGUCUGUCCCAGGCCCAAGUGCUACUGCAGGGUCUGGGCCUCAGACUGGUACUGUGCCAGGGUCCGGGUCAGGGCCCAAGGGAGUGGGCUCUGAACCUGGAGGUGCCCCAGGAUCUAUCCUGGGGCCCGGUGCCAUUGCAGGGCCUGGGCCUCAGACUGGUACAGUGCCAGGGUCUGGACUUGGACCUGCAACUGCACCAAUACUUGAGUCAGGGCCAGGGCCCAAACAGGGGUCCACGGGUGAGCCCAAACCCAGCGAGCCAAGGGCAGCCCCCACCCCAGCACCGAAGCAGAAGACUCAAGCCAAAGCUGCCCUGUCGUCCAGUCAGAAGGUUCUGGUGACUGGAGGAGGAGGCUAUCUGGGCUUCAGCCUGGGUUCCAGCCUGGCCCGGAGCGGUACCUCUGUCAUCCUGCUCGACCUCCGUAGACCUCAGUGGCAGCUGCCUCCAGGGACCCAGUUCAUCCAGGCUGAUGUCCGAAAUGAAGAAGCCCUCCACCACGCAUUCGAAGGGGUGGACUGUGUCUUCCACGUAGCCUCCUAUGGAAUGUCCGGUGCUGAGAAGCUGCAAAAAGAGCAAAUAGAGUCUAUAAAUGUUGGAGGCACCAAGCUAGUGAUUGAUGCCUGUGUCCACCGGCGCGUUCCAAGGCUCGUCUACACCAGCACUGUCAAUGUUGCCUUCGGUGGGAAGCCCAUAGAGCAGGGUGAUGAGGACUCCGUGCCAUUUUUCCCGCUGGAGAAGCAUAUGGACCACUAUUCCCGAACCAAAGCCAUCGCUGACCAGUUGACACUGAUGGCCAAUGGGACACCGCUUCCAGGAGGAGGAACUCUACGCACCUGUGUGCUCCGGCCCCCGGGUAUCUACGGCCCCGAGGAGCAGAGGCAUCUGCCCCGAGUGGUGAGCCACAUCCGGAAGAGGCUGUUCAUGUUCCGGUUUGGAGACCGUAGGGCGCAGAUGAACUGGGUCCACGUGCACAACCUGGUGCAGGCCCACGUACUAGCGGCGGAGGCGCUCACCGCGGCCAAGGGCUUCGUGGCGAGCGGGCAGGCAUACUACAUCAACGAUGGAGAGAGUGUCAACCUCUUUGAGUGGAUGGCCCCGCUGUUUGAGAAGCUGGGAUACAGCCAGCCCUGGAUCCAGGUGCCUACAUCCUUGGUUUACCUGGCAGCCACGGUGAUGGAGUAUCUGCAUCUGGCCCUCAGGCCCAUCUGCAGCGUCCCACCGCUGCUCACUAGGAGUGAGGUGCGCAGCGUGGCCGUGACGCACACCUUCCAGAUCGCCAAGGCCCGCGCUCAGCUCGGCUACGCCCCGGCCGCGUUCCGCUUCGCCGAAGUCGUGGAGCGCUACGUGCAGUCCACGCCCGCACGGCGCCGUGGCUGCACGGCGUGGCCGCUGCUGCGGCUGCUGCUCGGCCUGCUGCUGCUGCUCGGCCUGCUGCCCUGGGCUCUGCGCCUGCUGGAGCCGCGGCCCCGGGACGCUGCGGAGGCGCGCCACUGA